CAGGGAAUAUCUGGAGUGGUGCCUGCUUCCUCAGCCCUGAAGUCAUGGCCUUAGGUCUCCUGUGGCUGAGCCUUGCUCUGCUGGGGGUCCUGCAGACCCAGGCCCAGGACUCCACCCAAAACCUGAUCCCAGCCCCACCUCUGGACAGGGUCCCUCUGCAGCCUGACUUCCAAAAUGAGCUGUUCCAGGGGAAAUGGUACAUCAUAGGAUUGGCAGGGAAUGCAUUUAAUAAAGAAGAACACAGCCAGUUGAAGAUGUAUGCCACCACCUACGAGCUGAACGAAGAGAACAGCUACAAUGUCACCUCUAUCCUGGCCUGGAACGAGACCUGUGACCACUGGCUCAGAAUUUUCAUCCCAAGUUCACAGCCAGGCGAAUUCACCCUGGGCAACAUUGAGCGUUACAUUGGAACUCAGAGCUACACUGUCCGAGUGGUGGCCACAGACUACAACCAGGUUGCCACCGUGUUCUUCAAGACAGUUUACAAAAACCAGGAGUUCUUCAAGAUCACCCUCUAUGGGAGGACCAAGGAGUUGACCCAUGAGCUGAAGGAAAACUUCAUUAGCUUCGCCAAAGCCCUGGGCCUCACCGAUGAGCACAUCAUCUUCCCUAUCCACAUUGAUCAGUGCAUCGAUGAGUGAGCAAAGGUGCGGUGCCCUCUGAUUCUCUCCACCCCAUCCCCCUCACGUCGACCUCUGCCCAGGGCAUUGUCCAGCUGUCCCCACCACUCUGGACACCAGUGAGAGAUCCAGGGGACCAUUCUCACUACACAUCCCACCAGCUCACUGCUUCCCAGACUGCCCUGUUAAUGGAACCCUUCAUUACUGUCUAAAUAAACACAUGUC